CACUCUCCUCCCUCCCAGACGCAGUUCGCACGGCCUGGCGCGCAGGAGUGUGAUCCCAGCGCCGCGCCUUCCGAGAGCUCCGCGUUGGCGCAGCCGCCGCCGCAGGCGGGCGCAAUGCCGGGAUGGGCCUGAUCUGGCUUCUGCUGCUUAGCUUGCUAGAACCCGGCUGGCCAGCAACGGGGCCUGGGACGCGGCUGCGGCGCGAUGCGGGCGGCCGUGGCGGCGUCUACGAGCAUCUCGGCGGGGCGCCCCGGCGCCGCAAGCUUUACUGCGCCACCAAGUAUCACCUCCAGCUACACCCGAGCGGCCGCGUGAACGGCAGCCUGGAGAACAGCGCCUACAGCAUCCUGGAGAUUACUGCAGUGGAAGUGGGUGUGGUGGCCAUCAAAGGGCUCUUCUCUGGGCGGUACCUGGCCAUGAACAAGAGAGGACGGCUGUACGCUUCGGAGCACUACAAUGCAGAGUGUGAGUUUGUGGAGCGGAUCCAUGAGCUGGGCUACAAUACCUAUGCCUCCCGCCUGUAUCGCACAGGGCCCAGCGGCUCAGGGGCUCGGCGGCAGCCUGGUGCCCAGAGACCUUGGUAUGUGUCUGUAAAUGGUAAGGGCCGGCCACGCAGGGGCUUCAAGACCCGCCGGACACAGAAGUCCUCCCUCUUCCUGCCCCGAGUGCUGGGCCACAAGGACCAUGAGAUGGUAAGGCUGCUGCAGAGUGGCCAACCAAGAGUCCCAGGAGAGGGCAGCCAGCCCAGACAGCGGCGGCAAAAGAAACAGAGCCCAGGAGACCACGGCAAGAUGGAACCUUUGUCUCCUAGGGCCACUCCAGCCACCCAUCUAGAGACAGGUGAACUGGCUGUGGUCUGA